AUGAAAGACACCAGUCGGUCACGUCAAACAUGUCCAGCCAUUGAUCUCAACUAUCAGUUGCAGGUCGAGCUUCAGGCCAAAAUUGCCCGGUCUGGUAUGACAGAAAGUUCCGUUGCGCUGGAAAAGGCGGUUCUGCACAGAGAUUCUAUCGGGAAUACUGAGAGCCAGGAAUGGGGAGAGAAAGGCAAGGUGGAAAGGGAGGCAACAGACGACGCGCAUGUACUGGGAGUGUAG